AUGCCACCAAAAACCAGCAUGGCAGAAUCUGCUACUUUGAGCAGGCCCCAAAAACGCAAAGACCCGCCACAGCCUUCCUCCAACAGCCAGAAUAUCACGAGCAAAGGACGUGGCAUGAAGCGCGUCAAAAUCCACGAUGCGAGGUCAAUCUUGGCCCAAAACGCGGACGCAGCUCUCAACAAAGGCGAGUUGGACCUACCAUCAUUUUUGAAAGCUCGUGAAUUUGAGAUCAGAGCUCUGGAAGAUGGCAUGCAAAAGUCCAAGGCUCGGCUUUCCCGGAGAGCGUUCCAACAAGUUCCGCGAGAUAUGCGAAGACGGACUGCGAGUCAUAAUGUCAAGAAGGUACCGAACCGGCUACGGAAUAGGGCAGCACGAGAGAUGGAGGAUGAUAAUACGCCGACAGUCGAUCGAAGUAAAAGGAAGCCUGCUACAUCGAGGGGAAGACUCCGGGCAGAAACCGCGAAACGAUUGGGGAUUUUGGCAGCGGGAAAGCGCUCAUUGAAGCCACAGAAUGGAAUUGGGGCUGCGGAUGUGCACACGAGGGCUGCGUGCCCGAAAAUUCGAACGGACAAAUUGAACACCCCCCCGAGACCUGUAUCGAAAUUCAGGAAACGCCAGAUUCAUAAGACGUGGCUCCCUACUCAUCUCUGGCAUGCGAAGAGGGCAAGGAUGACAGAACCUAGGAACCCUCUGUGGAGGUUUGCAAUUCCAACUACGUCGACGGAGAAAUCUUACAGACCAACGCAUCGCGCCGUUGGUGCUAGGGGGGCAGUUGCCUGGGAUACCAGUUACAUGAGCACUAUUCGACUCGAAGGUCCGGUGGAAAAUCUGGAAAAAGUCCUAAGGGGAGUAGGCGUAGAUGCGCCGGGAAUAUGGGAGCACAAAGGAGAAAGAUGGAGAGCUGGGAAAAGGGGUUGGACCGGGUGGUUAUCCAGAAAAAAUAAAGACGAUGCUAUACCAAUUGGGCCUGCAACUGUCAUAUGGUGUAGCACAGAAAUUGAUUCCACAAAUGAAGGAGACCCUAUACCAAAGAAGAGACCGAUACGGCGACUCUUUUUGAGAACCCACCCGGCUGUGUUUCUAGAGACAUGGGAUACGCUACUGCAGCUAUCUAAGUUGCAGCGCCCGAUGGUACACCUUGAGGAUCUUCGAUUUGAGAUAGGAAGCAUUAGUAUUACUGGCCCCGGGUCAACUGAAGCGCUCCUUGGGGUUCUACACCCAUACCCCAAAUCCGGGGAUAUUCUGGAGAGCCAUGCACAGACAUUUCAGUCUUUGGCUGGUAUCACCAAUCCUGGGUCAUUGCCUUCUGAUGCAAUUUUGUCGUUCUCCAUCAUGGAUCCCCGACUUCGAUAUCCGCCCAGGCGGAUCACUCUGCCAGAUUCCAAUGAUGAGAAAACUAACUUCGAACUACUGGAGAUGUUAUCAGCCUGGCCAGCAGAUACUUCCAAUCCUUUACCUGACUUAUUUGAACGCCGGAUGCGGUUCGAGGCAACCCGUCUUCCUGCCCAGAAGUCCAUCAAUCGCCGUAAAUCUCAAGCAUUACCAGGCUCCUACGCCUCUAUUCUCCCUACUGAUCCACGGAUACCUGUCAUGCUUCUUGCAUCUCGCUCGGCUUCCUCAGCGUCCGCACAAGGGACAUGGACCCUUCUUGCGCCGUGGAAAUGCAUACUGUCGGUUUGGUACGGGUUAGUACACCAUCCCCUAUCCUCUGGUGGUAAUCCGCGAUUUGGAGGGCUUGAUGAACUUCGCCAGGUUCAUUUUGAGCAUGGAGUUCCGUGGUUCCCUGCAGAUUAUCCAGGCACCGAUGCUGGUUUUGCCUGGGAAGCAGCUGAGCGAGAGAGGAGGAAAAGGGAAUGGGAAUCCAGGCCCAAAGGAAAGAGAACAGAAUGGGAGUCCCUGGAUCUUGGUGCGGCAAGGAAAGGCGAAAUCGGCCGUGGCUGGGCCUGCGAUUUUGAGAGAUUGGUUGGAGUGGCACCACUAGCUGAGUGCACCAAAUCUAUUGAUACGCAGGAUACAGAGAAUUCAUCUGUGGCUCAACCCGAGAAGGUCAAUAUAAAAUCUCCCAUUACCCAUCUCGGUUACCAAAACUUCACCACCCUCCUCUCAUCCCAUGAUAUCGGACCAACUCCCUCCUCUCAAGUUGCUACUAUUCGUCUCACACUUAUCACUCGUGGUAUCGCCUCUCCAUGUGCACGAAUAUACCGCCUUCCACCGCCACCACCUACCGCAGAUCCAUCCUCUACAACUAGCAGUCCGCCGCCCACCACACGCGCAGAAUGGCUUUCUCACCUUCCACCACCAUCCAAAACCAAGCCUCUUCCCAAUCCUAAAUCAAAAGCAGCCAAGGAUCUCGGCCGAAUCCCACUCAACACCCCUAUUCCUCAACGCGUCCGCCUCCUUGCGCAGGCCCUCUUGCAAGGACCUGCCCCUACUUAUCCCGCAGUCAAGAAUGGGCUUGAUGGGCACCCCCUAGUGCCUAAUGAGGAAGACCUCAUUGGGUUUGUAACCACGGGGGAGUUUAAUCUUGCGGAAGGGAAGGGGGUAGCUAUAGGGACUGUAGCUGUAGCUAAGGUCCUAGAGGGUUUGAAGAGAGAUAGGGGACUGGGGGCUAAGAAAGACGGGAGAUUGUGCAUUGUUAGAAACGCUGGCGAGAGCAUUGGCAGACUAGCCAGGUGGGAGGCUGUAUAA